AGGGGAAAUGAAACACGUUAUAUGUGUCCUCAAUUUGAGGCUAGUACAGAGUCAGAGACCUCCUUAAUCUCUAACAACCUACGAUCUCUCCGCUUUUUGAUUUUUGGUUUCUCUAACCCAAAUCCACAGCCUGAUUACAGACCAACAGCUAUUCUCUCCUCUCUCCUCUCCGCUCCAUCGACACUCUAUCUGAAACUAUUCUUACACCACUUUGACAAUUAAUGUUCUGAUAUACAUACAUAUAUAAAAAAACAUGGGUUCUGAUCCUGCUCAAUAUGCACCAAAGAGGAUCCUCAUUACUGGUUCAGCCGGUUUCAUAGCUUCCCAUGUGACCAACAGGUUGAUGACAAACUAUCCUAACUACAAAAUUGUUGCCCUUGACAAGUUAGAUUAUUGCUCUAAUCUCAAGAACCUUAAUCCCUCUCGAUCCUCUCCAAACUUCAAAUUUGUUAAGGGUGAUAUUGCUAGCGCGGAUCUUGUAAACCACCUGUUGAUUGCUGAAGAUAUUGAUACGAUUAUGCACUUUGCUGCUCAAACCCAUGUGGAUAAUUCUUUUGGGAACUCCUUUGAAUUCACUACCAACAAUAUUUAUGGUAGUCACGUGCUCCUUGAAGCCUGCAAGGUUACCAAGCUAGUAAGAAGGUUCAUUCACGUUAGUACCGAUGAAGUUUAUGGUGAAACUGACAUGGAGACUGAUAUUGGCAAUCCUGAGGCAUCUCAGCUUCUUCCUACAAAUCCUUACUCUGCCACAAAAGCUGGGGCUGAAAUGCUUGUAAUGGCUUACCAUCGAUCUUAUGGCCUUCCUUUAAUUACAACUAGAGGCAAUAAUGUAUAUGGUCCUAACCAAUACCCGGAAAAGCUUAUCCCCAAACUCAUUCUCCUCGCCAUGAAAGGCGAGCAGUUGCCUGUCCAUGGUAAUGGCUCAAAUGUGAGAAGCUAUUUACAUUGUGACGAUGUUGCAGAGGCAUUUGAUGUGAUCCUUCACAAAGGGGUGAUUGGACAUGUAUAUAAUAUCGGGACUAAGAAGGAGAGACGAGUUCUAGAUGUUGCCCAGGAUAUAUGCAAGCUGUUUGGACUGGAUGCUACAAAAUCCAUAAGUUUUGUUCAAGAUAGGCCUUUCAAUGACCAGAGAUAUUUCUUAGAUGAUCAAAAGCUCAUUAAGCUUGGGUGGCGGGAAAGAACACCCUGGGAAGAAGGGCUAAAGAUGACAAUAGAAUGGUACACCAAGAACCCAAAUUGGUGGGGUGAUGUAUCUGCUGCUCUCCGUCCACAUCCUCGUGUCUCAUUGGUAGUUCAUUCUGAUGAUGAUGCAUGGCUUUUGGAGAAUGGAUUUAUAAGUGAUACUGAUAAUAACUGCUCAGGACUGAAGUUGUUAAUAUAUGGAAGGACUGGUUGGAUAGGGGGGUUAUUGGGGAAGCUCUGCGAAAAUGAGGGGAUAAAAUUCGAGUAUGGUGCAGGAAGGUUAGAAGAUAGGAGGUCGAUAAUGGAAGAUGUAAUGAGAGUAAGGCCAACCCAUGUGUUUAAUGCUGCUGGUGUUACUGGAAGGCCCAAUGUCGAUUGGUGUGAGUCGCAUAAGACAGAAACGAUUAGGACUAAUGUCGUAGGUACACUAACUUUGGCCGAUGUUUGCAGAGAAAACAACUUAUUGAUGAUGAAUUUCGCAACUGGCUGCAUAUUUGAGUAUGAUAAAGAGCAUCCAGAAGGUUCAGGUAUUGGAUUCAAAGAAGAAGACAAGCCAAACUUUACAGGUUCCUUCUAUUCCAAGACUAAAGCCAUGGUAGAAGAGCUUUUAAAAGAAUACGAAAAUGUAUGCACUUUGAGAGUUCGAAUGCCGAUAUCAUCUGAUCUUAGGAAUCCGAGAAACUUCAUCACGAAGAUCAGCCAAUACAAUAAGGUUGUAAAUAUACCUAACAGUAUGACAGUGUUGGAUGAGCUCUUACCAAUCUCAAUUGAGAUGGCAAAAAGAAAUUUUAGAGGAAUAUGGAACUUCACCAAUCCAGGUGCCAUAAGCCAUAAUCAAAUUUUAGAAAUGUACAAAAGUUACAUAGACCCUGAAUUUAAAUGGGUAAACUUCAACUUGGAAGAGCAGGCUAAAGUGAUAAUAGCACCAAGGAGUAACAAUGAACUGGAUGCUACAAAGUUGAAGAAAGAGUUUCCUGAUAUGUUGUCAAUUAAAGAUUCAAUAAUUAAGUAUGUUUUUGAGCCUAACAAGAAGAUUUAAUAUGCAGCUACUGCAAUUUUGUUUUUUUUCCAUUUUUAAGCCUCUACACUUUCACAAAUAGAAGAUGAGAUAUUUAGAGUCUUUUGUUCCUUCAUCUGAUUUUCUCUUUCCAUGGUUGUUAGGUUUCAAAAAUGUAAUAACUCAUUUCCGCUAGAAGGAGGGCUUGAACCUCCGACCUUGUGGUUAACAGCCACACGCUCUAACCAACUGAGCUAUUCCAGCUGAUACUCUUAUGAA